UUUGUAUAAUUGAGUCAGUUCAAUCAUCCAUCAUCAGUUCGAUUAGUUCCAAAUGGUGUCAAUAUUUUCUGACAUUCAAGACUUCGAAAUAACAGCCAUAGUACACGAAUAUCUUAUAGGUACGGCGCUUUUGAUCUUUAAGCACAAAGGCAUUCCCGCCUGCUGGUACGCCAAUAACCUUGAAAAGUUAUUCCGUCGCAGUAAACAAAAUAAACAUCAUUUGUCAAAUGUGAAAUUAAGAAGUGACAAACUGAAUCGAUUAUUUCCACGAAAUCUACAUCGCGUUCUCUUCUGCAUAAUGGGUAAGAGGAAGGCUGCAGGUAAUGCGAACAAUCCAAAUCAUGACCUGUGUGACUUUUUGAUGGAACUGGCAGAUUAUGAACGUAAUGUCAGCAAGAAUGUUUAUAAGUACAAUGCAUAUCGCAAAGCAGCUGGAACAUUAAGUGCUCUGACAGAGAGAGUUAAGAGUGGAGAAGAGGCGAAAAAGUUACCUGGAAUAGGAGAAAAAAUCGCAAAGAAGAUAGAUGAAUUUCUUCAGACUGGAAAACUGCAAAAGCUAGAAGAUAUUAAGAAGGAUGAUACUAAUGUUGCCAUUAGUCUGUUGGCCCGGGUAUCUGGCAUAGGACCUGCCAAGGCAAAGGAAUUAGUAGAAGCUGGUAUCAAGACUUUGGAAGAUCUUAAAAAGCAUCAAGACAAACUUACGCAUCAUCAGAAACUGGGAUUGAAGUAUUUUGAUGACUUUGAGAAGAAAAUACCAAGAGCAGAAAUUGUACAGAUAGAGAAGGUAUUGAAGAAUGCUAUCAAGGAGCUAAACAGAGCUUAUCUCGUAACUAUCUGUGGGAGUUACAGACGUGGUAAAGAGGAAAGUGGAGAUAUCGAUGUUCUUGUAACUCAUCCUGAUUAUAUAUCAAAAUCAAAAGAUGAAAAAAAGAAGGCCAUAUCAUUGAAAACAAUUGUUGAGUGUCUUGAAAAGAAAAAAUUGAUUACAGAUACAAUAUCUCUUGGCUCUACUAAAUUUAUGGGAAUAUGUCAGUUACCAGAAGAUAAAAGCAAACCUUUCAGAAGAUUAGACAUACGUCUUACAUUUCACGAUCAAUAUUAUUGCGCUAUACUUUAUUUCACUGGGAGUGAUCUGUUCAACAAGAAUAUGAGAGCUCAUGCAUUGGAAAAGAAAUAUACUUUGAAUGAAUAUGCAUUAAAGCGUCUUACAAUCGAAGGUCGUCCAGGAGAAGCUGAAAAAAUUACAUCCGAAGAAGACGUUUUCAAAUUCCUAGAUUUACCCUAUAAAGAUCCAAAAGACAGAAAUAUGUAA